AUGGACGGACUGUGCGUGUGGAACUCCUUGCUUUUGGGGACCGCUGGCCUGGAUGCGGCUGUGAAAGCCCAGGUCUCUUCGCACAUGUCCCUAUUGACUUUUCUGAAGAGCGCUGCGAGAAACUUUGAGGAAACGAGAGAUGGUGUCGGCGGGGUCCCUCUCUUUCGGCAAAACCCUGUGAAGUGGAAUAUGCGCUCUCUGACCCGUAAAGAAUAUACCGAGGCAAGGCAGGCCGUUCUCGUCCACCCUCUUUUGAUAACUCUGACAGCUGCCUUUCAACUCGAGAUCAUUCACAAAUUAGAAAAUGCAGUGGUAGUGUACGAAGUGCAACAUCCUCGGCGGGCAGUGCACCUCGUUUCUAACGAAAGCCACAUGGAACACGAGAGGAACGUCGACUAUCACGGCUACCUCCACGUCGCGAAGUGUGCAGGGGGAAGAAAGUUAAUCACUGCGAUGGAUUGGGAUGAUGGUGCGUCGCUGAUCCCUUCGGCUGAUUUCACGUGUGGAACAUGCGGGCGCAGAUUUCCAAACAAGAAGAACUUAGACCGCCAUGAGACGCACAAGCACAGGGAGACCAAGUGA